AUGAUUCUCAAGGAUGUGGAAUAUGUAAAAACAAAACUACGGUUCGUUUACAUUUUCAAUGAUGGAGCAACAACAAAGACAAAAAUGGUUGGCCCUGCCCCAGAUAAAAAAAUUUCUACUUCAAACUUCUUCUCUGUUUAUGAUGAGCUCUGUAGAAAGAGAAAGAUGAUGCCACUUCGUAAUGUUAAGGAACAUGCAUGGAGAAAGAGCAUUGAUUUUUAUACUGAUCGAAUAAAGUGUGAUGAAUGGAUUCCUAUUAUAGAGGCAAUUGCCACUGACCGGUCAUUGCAUUAUGUUGCUAUAAGAAGUCGUUAUGAGAAAAAGGGAGGGAAAUUAAAAUUGGGAGGAGGAAUCCUAUUGAAAGAUGAAAUUGACUUUGCAUUUUUGAUGCUGGGCAUUUCGAAGUGCUGCUCCCUGCAAAACAUUUCAUUUCAUCGAUGUUGCUUAGGUGAUGCUGGCUGUGAAAUGAUAUGCAACACUAUUAAGAACUCACCUAACAUACGGACAAUAGGAAUGUCUGGAUGCAAUAUAAGUGAAAAAGGAGCAUAUCACCUGUACCUCUUACUAAAGCAUCAGCAGAUGGAAAGGUAUAAUGAAUCUUGGGUACAGUCACUACGCUAUCGAGCAAUUGAUGGUGCCAUGCUGGGAGGUGUGAGGCGCAUAACAUUGAAUGACAACAAAGAAUUGGGAGAUGCAGGAAUUGCUCAUUUUAUUGAGAUCCUGAAGGAUGAUUUUUGGCUGAAAGCCAUAGAUCUUCAGAAUUGUGGAAUAACUGACCACGGUGGAUUUAGCAUACUUCAGAUGUUGGAAAUCAAUAAUGUAUUACUUGUGGUGGACAUAAGAAACAAUCGUUACAUCAGCAGUUACAUUGAAAAUGAGAUAAUGAAAACACUGGCCAGAAACAACAUGCAGAAUUUAGAUGAAUCAAAGGAGUAUUGUUGGAUAUCACUUGCAAAGUCCAUUGAGAAUUCUGCAUCUUCCCAGAGACUAAAAUCUAGUCCUUCGGGGUCUUCUAUAGGAUCAAAGAGCUCGAAAAAAAAUGAAAUUUCAUCCCAAAGAGGUGCAGUAAAAUGCUCUGUUCCAGCAAUAAAAAGGAGUUGUUCAGAUUAUAAUCAACAGAAGAUGGACAAAGAGCAAUAUGAAAUGAAGAGUCAUAAGUUAGGAUUAGUCUCUAAACAGCAACAAACUACUGAAGAUAUUCUGCAACAAAUUGCAGCUCUUGACAUUGCUCGUCGAGUGGGGAACCCACGCAAAGAUUUGCAUUCUCUAUUGAAGAGAUUUCAGAUGGAAAAGGACGCAUUUGCAGUAGAGCUACAGAAAAUGAAACCUCGUCCCGUUGGAGGAUACACGUAUGUUGAUGCCGGUACAACCCAUCCACUGGGAAAUUCUUUCAAGGCGUCUCGUAGUGCCUUAAGGGUGGGUGAUGGAGUUCAUAAACAAGUAUGAAAAAGUUAUUCACUAAUUUAUGGUUCAUUAAAAGUUACAGUUUACUUAACCACAAUCUUCUAAAGUUCUGAUAUGGUUAUCAGUUUUGGUGACAUGCAUAAGUUAUACAUUGCCUUUAUGAUGUAAAAAAUGGUGUCAUGUAAACUUUUACUCAGUCAACUGUUGUGGUGUGGUUGUAUCCCAGUAAACAAAGAAGCAUAUCUCCACAAGAAAAAUUUAAUAAAAAUCAUUUGUAUAACGGUAUCAUGAUCUUUCCU